AUGGCCGACACGGUCCAAAACUCUAACCCCGAAAACAACAACAAUAAUAACAACAACAUCUCAGCUUAUUACCAGACACGCGCCGCCCACCACGCCGUCGUCACCAGCGACUGGCUCGCCCAGGCCCAGGCAGCCGUCGGCCGUGACCCAGACGACUCGCCGGAGACUGCUGUCCCCACAGUCGCUGGAAAGCCGUUUAGUGUGAUUGAUGAGUUUAAUAGCUGGAGGAAGCAGCCUGACUUGGCGGAGGCUGUGGCGGCGAUUAGGGCGCUUGCUGCCGUUAUUAGGAAUUGUCAGGCUACUACCAUGAUGGAGCUUGAAAUUGAGCUUAAAAAGGCCUCUGAUUCGCUUAAAUCGUGGGACACAACCUCGAUAUCUUUGACAGCAGGUUGUGAUCUGUUCAUGCGGUAUGUGAGCAGAACUUCUGCUUUAGAAUAUGAGGACUUUAAUUCAGCUAAAUCUCGGUUGAUUGAACGUGCGGAGAAGUUUGGAGAGAUAUCUUGCAAGGCACGCAGGAUCAUUGGCAUGCUUAGUCAAGAUUUUAUCUUUGAUGGUUGCACUAUUUUGGUGCAUGGUUUCUCCAGAGUUGUGUUUGAAGUUCUGAAAACGGCGGCCCACAGUAAAAAACUGUUUAGAGUUUUCUGCACAGAGGGAAGGCCUGACAGGACAGGCUUACGGUUGUCACAUGAGCUGGCCAAGCUUGAUGUUCCUGUGAAACUCCUUAUAGACUCUGCUGUGGCAUAUACUAUGGAUGAGGUAGACAUGGUAUUCGUUGGAGCAGAUGGAGUGGUCGAAAGUGGAGGUAUAAUUAACAUGAUGGGAACAUACCAGAUUGCAUUGGUUGCACACAGCAUGAAUAAGCCUGUUUACGUGGCUGCUGAAAGCUAUAAGUUUGCUCGUCUCUAUCCAUUGGACCAGAAAGACAUGGGUCCUGCUUUGCGCCCUAUUGAUUUUGGGGUGCCCAUUCCAUCAAAGGUCGAGGUGGAAACAUCUGCCUGGGAUUAUACUCCUCCUCAAUAUCUUACAUUGCUAUUCACUGAUCUGGGUGUGCUGACUCCAUCUGUAGUCAGUGAUGAGCUCAUUCAGCUAUACUUGUAG